GAAAAUGAAAAUCGAGGAGGUCAAGAGCACCACCAAAACACAGAGGAUCAACGCACACUCCCAUGUCAAGGGCUUAGUUUAUGAGGAUGGAACAGCGCAACUUUCAGCUGCGGGUUUGGUGGGGCAGACCCAGGCCAGAGAGGCAGCUGGAUACCUUGUUGACUUGAUUCGCACGAAGAGAAUGUCUGGCCGUGCUGCCCUCUUUGCUGGUCCUCCUGGAACAGGAAAAACUGCUAUUGCUCUUGCAGUGGCACAGGAACUUGGAAACAAGGUACCUUUCUGCCCCAUGGUGGGAUCAGAAGUUUACAGUUCAGAGAUCAAGAAGACCGAGGUGCUGAUGGAGAACUUCCGCAGGGCCAUAGGGCUUCGAAUCAAGGAAGUCAAAGAAGUUUAUGAAGGAGAAGUAACAGAACUGACACCUGUUGAAACUGAAAACCCAAUGGGAGGGUUUGGGAAAAACUGUAAGUCAUGUAAUCAUUGGCUUGAGAACAGCAAAGGGAACAAACAAUUAAAAUUGGAUCCAGUAUAUAUGAGACGCUACAGAAAGAACGAGUUGAAUGGAGAUGUCAUUUAUGUGGAAGCCAAUUCUGGGGCAGUUAAGAGACAGGGAAGAUCAGACACAUAUGCAACUGAGUUUGAUUUGGAGGCUGAGGAAUAUGUCCCACUGCCUAAAGGUGAUGUUCACAAGAAGAAGGAAGUAAUUCAAGAUGUCACGCUCCAUGACCUGGAUGUGGCCAAUGCUCAGCCUCAAGGGGGACAAGACAUUCUCUCUAUGAUGUCACAACUCAUGAAGCCAAAGAAGACUGAGAUCACAGAAAAGUUGCGCUUGGAGAUCAACAAAGUGGUAGACAAAUACAUUGAUCAAGGUAUUGCUGAGCUGGUCCCAGGUGUUCUGUUCAUUGAUGAAGUUCAUAUGCUUGAUAUCGAAUGUUUCACCUUCCUUCACCGAGCACUUGAAUCAAGAAUAGCACCCAUUGUCAUCUUCGCCACAAAUAGAGGCCGAUGCAUCAUCAAGGGAACAGAAGACAUAGUAUCUCCUCAUGGCAUCCCCCGAGACUUACUGGAUCGCCUUAUAAUUGUGAGGAUGAAGCCUUAUGGACAGGAAGAGGUCACGCAGAUCAUUAAGAUUCGAGCUCAGAUUGAAGGAAUCAAGAUAGACAAUGAGGCUUUGUUAGAGCUCAGUUCUCUUGCAGAAAGAGCUUCUUUAAGGUAAGACAGUUUUAGAAUCAUGU